AUGGCUGAUUACGAUAGACGGCAGCAGGGCAGCAACAGCCGCAAGAGGAGAUACAGAGAUGACGACGACCACUACGACCGCCGGCAGCAGCGCAGGCGGACGGACUCGGUGCCCGUGCCGGUGCGGCUUCGACGGCAGCUGGUUGGCAUCGCCGACUCCCCCCUGCGUCGAUGGUCCGAGGAAGUGCAGUCGAUAGCCCGCCUGGUCGCAGACAACUAUGACGACGAGAACCUACGCAAUAUGUUUGUCGGCCUGUCGAUGCAGCUGGCCAUCGAGCAGCCGCUCAAGACGCCCUUCGUGGCGGCUGUUGUGCUGGUGGCCAACACCCUCAAGCCCGAGAUUGUCGAUGCCGUCCUCGAGGCUCUUGCCAAGGAGACGGAGAGCAAGAUUGCCAAGGGCGAGUGGAGGGAGGUGAAGCUGUACCUCAAGUUUCUGGCGUGUCUGCAGGCGUGUCUGCAGGAUGAUGGAGUGUUUCCUUUGCUCGAGGAGCUGUUUAGCCGCGCUGCUGAUUUGCAGACGGCAAGCUCUGAGGAUACCAUCGGCACAGAAAUAGUCAAGAUCAUCCUGCUCACGAUUCCCUACAUCAUGGCUGCGGCCCCCGGCCAGUUCCAGCAGAAGGCGGCAGAACUCAUGGACAAGACCGACAUCAUUGCUUCCGAACCCCACGCGCUUCAGGCCUUGGUCGACCCCUUCGGCCCUGACCCCUCGGGCGAAAACGCAUCCCCGUCCCAGAGCUUGUGCAUGCUUCUGCAAAAGCAGCUGCAGGCCGAAGCCGCGAAAGAUUGGGAGCUGGCCUGCAUCCCUCGGCCCUGGAACAUGCCUCUGGAGGAGAUUGAGUCUCAGGACAAGCUUGCCAGCGCACCGAAGCACGCUCUGCCCGCGAUUUCCAUACCAUCCACAGUGGUUGCUGGCCCCCGACCGCUGUUUCCUGAGGUCUACUUCUCCGUCUACGCCGACCAGGACGUUGAAUCUGUGCCUCCGACGGAUAAUGUGGCGUCUUCUCUCAUUAGGGACGGCCUUACUGACACCAUCAACAGCCUGCACUUCAACAGAAACGCCACGGCGAGAUACUUGAUUGAUUUGGACUGCUAUUUUGCAGACGACACCUUUGUCAAGCGGGCCACUCCGUUUGACGAGCUGCGCAAUGCGGCUCCUGGAAGAUCUACCUGGAAGCCUGAAGAUGUAGCCGUCGACAUCGUCUUUUCACAGCUCUUCCAGCUGCCCUCGCCCGAGCACAAGUUGGUGUACUACCACUCCGUUCUGACGGAAGCUUGCAAGCUGGCUCCGGCCGCCAUUGCGCCUAGCCUGGGCAGAGCCAUCCGCCAUCUGUACAACAACUCGCCCCGGAUGGACCUCCAGCUGAGCUUCAGAUUCGUCGACUGGUUCUCCCACCAUCUGAGCAAUUUCGGCUUCACGUGGAAGUGGGCUGAGUGGAGCGAGGACUGCAGCCUCUCCGAUCUUCAUCCUGCAAAGUGGUUUCUUAGAGGCGCGUUGGAUAAAGAGGUGCGACUCAGUUUCGCUCAGCGGAUUCAAAAGACUCUUCCCGAGCCAUACCAGCCCUUGAUCGGCCCGGAGAAGGAAAAGGAUGUUCCCGAUUUCAAGUUCAACAACCCUGAUACGCCAUUUGCCAGCGAAGGCCAAGAGAUUGCCGCCUUGCUCAGGAAGAAGGCGCCCGAUGAAGAAUUCCAGCCCAUCAUUGACAAGAUCCAGGCUGAAGCCGCCGAUCGAGCACUCGACCCCGUUGUUGCAAGCACAGAUGUCUUCAUGACGGCCGUUUGCUGGGUUGGAUCCAAGUCGCUGAGCCACGUCCUGGCCUGCAUCGACCGCACCAAGGGACGUCUUCUCGAGGCUGCCAACUCAUCCCCGGCAGCGCAAAAUCAGGUUUUGGCAGCCGUCAUGGCUUACUGGCACGCACACCCGGGCGUCGCCCUGUCGAUCGUCGAGAAGCUGCUCAAUUAUUCCAUCCUCACGCCUUCAUCGGUCGUUCGCUGGGCUUUGACGGCCGGUCCUCACCCCGAUGCUGCCAACGCGGGCGAAGCUCUUGCGCAGCCUCACAUCUUCGAGCUCGUCUUGAACACCGUGAUCAAGGUCACCGUCCGAGUCCGCCAGCUCCUCACCUCGCCCGACGCGGAUGAGGAGGCGCGCAAGAGCGAGGUCAAGGCCAUGCAGGACCUCUUCGCCCUGCUCAAUGACCUGCUGGUGAGCUGGGCCGGCGGCAACAAGGACGAGCUGAUGGAGAUGGGCGACGGCUCGAGCGAGCCCGAGGCCCUGAUCCGGAACUGGGGCCAGCGGUGGCUGCGGGUGUUUAAGCGGCUGGGGGCGAUUGAGGAGGCGUUUGUCAUCGAGGCCGCCAAGGAGAAGCCCGGUUCGUCGUCGAACGGAGUUGAUGCAGUCUAG